ACAGAUGUCAACAAAACAGGUUGGUUGGUUGCUAAUUACGUUCAAACGUAUUUAACAGUCGAUUGCAAAGGCUUAAAGGUAACAGUUACUUAUUUAUGUUGACAUUUAAUUCACCUCGUUUCAUAGGCAUAUCAUUUUUCUAAGAACGACGCUGAACUACAAGCUCUGCAACUAUUUCGUGUUCUUAGCUUGAUUUAAAUUCCUAAAAAGCUACAAAGCUAAUUUUCGAAAUCAAAGUGUGAAAACUUUUCCCCGUCAGAGUUUUGAAUCAGAGAUAGAUAUAAAAAAUAAAACAUGUCAGUGCCUUUCUCCAACACUCACUUACGGGUACCUCGAGGAUUCGGGACAAUAUUAGAGGGCCUGGCCCGAGAGGUCCUGCGGGACCAGCCUGAGGACAUUGCUGCUUUCGCCGCUCAGUACUUUGACGCUCUUCUCAAACAAAGAGAAGAGAGUGGCGUGGACCCUGCUGAGUGGGCAGCCAGGCUGGAAGACAGAUUCUACAACAACCAUGCCUUCAAACACACAGAGAGGAGUCCUGAAAAGGAAAUGGCCCCUGAAAUGUCGGUUUCCAAAGAUAAAUCAUAUGAGUCCCUAACAGAAGAUGAGUCAAGUCAUUUAGUAGAAGCCUGCACCACGCAACCCAGUGUCACAGAAUGGGCUGAAUCAUCUGAACGCACAGAUCAUGAGGAAGAAGAAGAAAAAGAUAAUGAUGAUAAAGAAAUUCGCACUGUUUCUGCUGAAACUGAACCUUCAGAAAGGAAAUGUGUUUCAGAUAUACUGUCAAAUGAAUCCGUUGGUACUGACACCGAGAAAGACCCAACAAUAACCACUCUUGAUCAAGUUGACAGGCCAGAUAUGAAAAUAGAUAGCCAACCUGUUCCAGACCAAAAUGUACCUCAGGCUGACUCAGAGCCCACCGACUCGUUUCCAGUCAGAGAAGCUGCACACGUAGAUGUGUGUGCUCAGGAGUUAGGAGCAGCAGAAGCAGAGGGUGGUGAUCAACAAGGAGGUGCCCCUCCAGAGAAAGACAUUUUAGAAUCACAAGUAAAGGAUACUGAAGUUGAUCUAGCAGCCUUUUUGCAAUCCUCUGGCCUAGCUGAAGUGGACAUCUGUGCUGGAGAGCUCGGAGGAACAGAAAAAACAACUGAAGCUGAGACCAUUCAACAGGAGUUACAUGUCACUGAAGAGGAAGAAAGUUUGAAACACCAGGUUGAAGCAACUUCUGAACAAUUGUGCCUGUCUCAGAAUGCAGUCACACAUGGCAGCCAGCAGGAGGCAGAGGGUCAGGCACAAGAAAGAGAGACCGAAGCUUCUGGCAGACUAACUAAUGAAAGUUUAGCUCAUACUGAUUGUGCUUCAGAGGAAAAUAUUUUAUCCAAAGAGGAUUAUUUGGUUGAGGUAAGCUUUGACGAUGUUCCAGAGACUGACUCAGUUAGAGAGAAACAUCCUGAGGAAGAGGCUUCAGUUGAAAUCUUACAGAUUAAUAUGGAACAAACUCAACCAACGGAAGAGUCCACAGAAAUCAUGUCACAUUCAGAAGACCAAGACAUAACUAAUGCAGGAGACGACCUCCAACCUGAAAUGGAAAAUGAAACUGAACAUAAUGAUGAAGAGCGGGAAAUGGAGGGUCACCAUUCUGCAUUUGAUAUGUCCAAUGAGAAUGUGGAAACAAAUAACUCUCAUGUAAAUGACUUAAAUGAUGGUGAGAAAGAGGAAGGUGUUAAAAACAUCCACUCGUUCGAUCAGCCCAACACUGAAGAGAAGUUGGGGAUUCAAGAGGAUGAAACCAGUCAUAAAAGUAAAGACACUGGGGAUAGACUUGAGUACAAGUUUAACCAUAAUCAGGAGCAUGAGAUAGAAACGCAGCCAAAUGACGCAGAUUUUAAAGAAGAGACAACAGACUCAGGCGGUGGAGAUGAGGAGGAGACACAAACACUCAGUUACAGUGAGAUGAGAGAUGAAAAAAAUGACAAUGGCAAGUGGGAACGUCGUUUAUCACAAGACACUGAUCCAAAUACAUCUGCGCCCGGAAGUGAGGAAAAGAAUGAAACCUGUGUGGAAAGUUCAGAACACCCACCACCGGUGAGCGAGGCCAGUCAGAGAACUCUUGGGGCGUCGCAGCCAGAGGAUACCACAGAGGAAAAAGAGAUCAUGUUAAAUAGAGCACAGGAGCACGCGUUGGAAACAACUGAUUCCGAAGUGCAAGAGAGGCGUGAAACAAUGGAGGAUCGGGCCACCGUGGGCCUGAGUCAGAGUGCAGAUUGGACGACUGCUGGCUUUCAAGAAGAGGAAAGGUCAGCUGAGUCAGAGAAGGACACCGUACAGCUUGCAAGCAAGAGCAAGGAGGAGGAGUGCAGCCGGCCCCAGGAGGAGGAGGACAUCAUGGACAUCCCCCUGGAUGACCCCGAAGCCAACAGGGCUGCUGCCAAGAUCCAGGCCGGCUUCCGCGGCCACAUGACCCGUAAGAAGAUGAAGCCGGAGGACAAAGCGGAAGGGGAGGAGGUGAGCAGCACUGGGGAGGUCCUCAACGGCAGCCAGGGGGUCUCAGAGACAGGAAGAUCGGGGGCAGUAGAGGGAGACGACACAUCUGUGCCGGAACAGUGACGCCCCUGUCCUGACCUGGAUGAAGAGAAUUAGGAAAAGCAAGGUGGUGAGAGAUGGCUGGCAUAAGUUG